GUCAGUAAUGAUUAGAUGUUUUUGGGAACCUAUUGAAUGUUUAAAAGUGUUAUGAAUUAUUUUGAAUGCAAUUCUUUUUGAAUGGACCUACUAUGGGUAAAGCAAGAUUAUGUUGAAGUUGGUAUUAGAAACGUUUACAGUAUUAUUACUUUGAAUAUUAUUGUGGUUUUUACUAAAGGAAUGCAACUAUUUUUAUUUUUUUUAAGGGGGGAAAAUCAUCGAAUGACUGCUCCCGCCUAGGUGAGGCGGGAGGGAGUGUCAGACUCUUACUGACUAAAAACCACCCCGUUCCUUCUCCUGCACGCCGAGCCGGAGCCCCGGUUACCCGUUA